CAUAUAAAGCAUAGAAAUUAUUAGUUAGACUUCUAUACUGUAUGUGUUGUGUGUGUUAUAACUCAAGUGAUAAUCACUUUCAAAGCCAAACCAUUUGUUUUCAAUUUGUCUUUUAAAUCGUCGCUUAAUUGUCUUCAUUGAUGACCUCAUUUUGGUGACCACACCGUUGUCUUUGGUGACCACCAAUUAUCCCAGCGAUGGCCACACGAGUGGCGCUCCUGUGAUGGACUGAAUCCGUCAGUAAAUUUGUUGACAUAUAACUAAUAAUAUGAAGACAAAUGAAAACAAACAAACAAUGCUUUAACCGAAAAGCCGAAGAUAUUUCUUAAAAUUGAUUUUUUGAUUUGAAAACUAUUUGUAAACAACCAAUUGAUGACUGAAAUGAUAGACAAUAGCAGCUCCUCUACCACUGAGAUCGAUGUCUUUGACAAUCUCUCUGAGGAUCAAUUGAAGGAUGUGUUGGAUCAAUUGACAGAUCACAGUCGCCCAAACAGCGAGAAGUGCCCAUUAGUUCGUCGUUUAAAAGAAGAGAAUGCUUCUCGAGAAGAGCCCGAUUUGGUGAUAGCUUGUCGUCCUCAGAGACUUUCGACUACAACACGUCCUACUCGUAAAUAUCGUCGCAGCGGUUCUAAAGAAGCUGAGUUUGCUCGAGAGAAGAGUAAUGGAUCAGUUAUAAACUCAGUUUCUUCCUCAAAGUCACUUCAAGACUUAAUGAGUGCCAAUACCUCUGAGUAUGACAUGCGAGCCAUCGGUGCAAAUAGAGGUGGAAAACGACUAAAUAAGGACAGUCGUGCCAACUCAUUAACUAUGCCGCCUGUGUCUACUCAGCACUUAUUUAAUAAUAAUAGCAUCAAAAACGAUGUUUUUAAUAGCGAUGUCCGCAAUAAGACAUUAAAAGGACGUGUUGUUGGACAACACCCGAAAGAAUCGGGUUGUAAUGAAUCAACAAAUUCUAGUCGCGUUUAUAAUGAGUGUCCAACCACUCAUACGGUUGUUAACCAUAAUAUGGAUUCUUGUGAUAAAAACUAUACUCCAAAUUGCAAUAGUUGUGCAUCUGAUGAUCAACACAUACAUCCCAAAAACGAAUACAUAGAGAUGCAUGAUUUGGGACGUCGAGUCAAUCUGGUUCAGGUUGUCGACGGAAAACUUGUUGAUUGUGAGCAACAAAUCAAGACUAAUGAGUCAACAACAUUGCGAUCCGCCAAUAAUGUGGACACAUGUCCCGAUUUUGGGCUCAAAGCUAUCAACUCGAGAGAUGCCAUAAAAAGUGGUUCCGAACGUGUUGUUAAUAAUUGUGAUUACAAUUCAAAAGAGUCGACAAAUGAUAUAAAUGAAGACAACAAAAUGAUGUAUUAUCAUCAGCCGGAGACGGGCAAACCCUACGACCCGACCCCGACUUACCUAACGAAUACAUAUCAUGAUUCAGGUGACAUUUGUUGGCUUUUAGAUGUAUCGUCUGCGUCGCCAUUCAACCCGAUCUACCAAUCGUAUCAAUCGGCGACAAAAUCGGAACCGACCAAUAGCCGAAUUGCGAAAAGCAAGAAUAAGAAGCGAAUGACAGCCGAAGCCAUAAAAGCUGAAGACAUUGCCGGUCAUAUUGGCAACAAAGACCUCGAGUUUUUAGUUGAAUACGUCAACUCUGCGGGUGGAGACUCGUCAAUAGAUAUCAACUCUAAGAAUGGAAGCAUUUUAGCAAAUAAUUCAGUUAAAGAAAAUGUAAAAAAGAAAAAUCAAAUGACGAACAAUAGUGUCUCUAAAAGAAAGAACGGUUCGAAUGUUAACUCCAAUCAAAGUGCAUCCCAUAAGAGUAAUAGUGUUUCGGCAAACAUUCCGCUGUCAUCUUCAUCCUCAAGCAGUAGUGAUGAGGGAAACAGUGUCAGCAAACACUCAGACUUUGCUCAAAGAACUAAUUCUCAAACACAUGAAACUACUAGUCCUCUAAACUCUAGUUCUGAAUCUAAUGACAAAAAAUUGAGUCGUGAAGACUCUGACUUUUUAGAGGAGGAAACGCUAUCGUUGUCGACACACAACUCAUUUUCUUUGAUUGAAUCCAACAUUAGUGCAGAUCUUCUUUGCACAGCUUCUGAUUCAGAGAUGGCCGACAGAGAAAAAGGUUUUGUUACUCCUAAGAGUAAACACUUUAAGAGACGAAUGCAUCGCCAAGAGAACCAAAGGUUUAAUAAGUCACAGUCAAUGCAGUCAUCGACUUCAACAACUCCUUCGUCAUCAACUGUUUCGGGCGCCGGUGUUUCAUACGAACGGUUCUCAGGAAUGAGAGGCUAUGAGAGUGAACGUGAGUAUACGGAUGACUUUCGUCGCUAUCAAAGCAAAUCUGUUUGCAGUCGUCGCAAAUCAGUGCCUCAUUCGGAGCACAACUCAGCCUAUAAUUCAGACGGAGAAAUGUCUUGUCAUUCAAUGCCCAUUCGAAACGACUCUUUAAAAACCGAAAAGAUUUACUCUGAGUCACGAACCACUCCAUCAUCGAUAUCAUCGACACCUAAAGCUUCAUAUGCAGACAUCGCUAAGACUGACAAAAAGUCUUCAAUAGACACAAUUAUUUCACAUAUAAAUAAAGUGCAAUAUCCAGCGUUUUCUCAAUUGGAUUCAUCGUUGUCACUAAUGGUCGACGACUUGACACCAUCCACAUCACAGAACAACUCACAACUCAUCGAAUCAAAUGAAUCACUGCAACAGAAUGUUGUGGUGACCGACAAACAAGAUCUGAUUAAUGACUCAUAUAGUGCUACUAUCACAUCAAUGACCAAUACUCCUGAACCGCAAACUGAUUCCCUAAAUAAUGAGUGCCUUUUAAGUGAGACAGUGAAGAACAACUCAAUUGAUAUGGCAAUAAAUUCAUCGAAAAGUGAUUCAGUGGUUCCGCCUGUAAUUAUGUUAGACUAUUCAGAGUCCGUUCCGACCAAAGAUUUGGAUAAUAUAUCUUUUGGUUUCUUCGAUGACGUGAUUUUAUUCCCAAAUAAUAUUAAUAACGAUAAAUCACAAACUAAUAUACUUAAUGAAACUCUAGAGGAAAGACCAGAUUGUGAGGCAAAGAGUCCGUUCAAUACUAGUCUCGAAUCGGAAAGUCAAAUGAAUAGCCCUAUAGUGAAAGCUGAUCCCAUGGCGUACAUCGAUGUCGACAAAAGAAGCUUCAAUUAUGAUCAUAUACUCGGUUUUAUUAAAAAGGCGUGGGAUAACGCCAAACGUGAUAACCAUUACCAGUGCUAUGAGUCACGCCCUAAAGUCAAGUAAAUAGUUUGUGCCACUUAUUGCAAACUUAUAUAAUAUCAUGUAAUAUGAAAGACACGAUUUUAAUCACAUAUUAUAAGUGAAUUUUUAUCUACAAAAAACCAUUACACACUAAAAGCAAUUGAUAACUUUUUUAAUAAUAAUUUUCAUCCAUCAAAAUCAUAAAUGAAAAAGCGAUUUAUUAUUUUUUGUCAACAUUUGUAUUAAUUUGUGAAUCAUUGAUAUCAAAGCACGAGAAGAAAUAGUUUUGAAUGUUUUUUCUCUGUCUUUAAGUGUCCUUUAAUUUACUUUAUGAUGAAAAUGUUGAUUACAUCUCAUGUUUCACUUAAACAACUGAUCGAUAAAUUUUUGUCUGAUUUUAUAUAUAUUUAAAACUGAAAUUUAUUUUAUUUUGAAUUCUGUAUUUAAAAAAAGUGUCGCUAUUAUUAUAAUAUCGAGUGAAC